GAAGGACCACUUCGUAUUGUAGCAUGCAACAGCUCAUCUGUGCGACCUGGCAUCCUCGAAUCAAUUCCCUCGAUCAGGCAGGCACAGGCACAGACACAACAGGCAGGCACACAGGCAGGCACACCCGACCAGCCGACCCGGCAGCCCGCAGCCCGCUUUUCUGGCAGGUGGGCCGCGACUUGCCUGCUUGCGAGGGAUUCUGCGCUAAUGCACAAGGCUGGGUGGGUUGCAGAGAACCGCGGUAUUCUGGGCCCGGUUGUGUCUGUCUUCGCAACGUAGCAGCGCUGCAGCAGCAGGCUCAUCGUUCUCAAUGUCUCCGCUGGUCACGCCACUCGGUCUGUUUUUCGUUCCCUCCCUCACCUGGCAGUCUUGGACCGCGUGCCUGGCGCGGUGAGGCUGCUGUUGCGAGAACGAGGCAGCAGGCUUGGAACGGUCUUCAUGGGAUCGACUUCCUGUCGCUGACUGAUCAUGAUUCAUAACCCCCUCGGUCUAUGAUGCCUCCCCCAUACGAGUCAGCUUACAACAUGUUCAGGCUCAGCCUGCCGGACUGUGGCUUACGUCGGUACACAGAAUGGCGCCCAUCCAGUUGAUCCUGCGGGCGGGCCUCGGGCCAUUCCAAGCAUGCUUCCAAAGAUCUAGAAGCAACCUUGCAGCCUUCCAAAUGUAGCUUGUGGCUGUCCACCUUGAGGCUUUGUUGUCGUCACGGUUGCCAUGGUUGCGUGUGCUGUGUGCGGCCGGAGCAGAGACUUGCUGGCGGCCACAGACCAGUUGAGACCCCGCCUGCGCCAGCAAAUACCCGAGCCCUGCGACAUUUUGUUGCUCUACCACAGCCUCGCCGGAUGGUACUUUUGUGUACGCAGGUUGUGAGGAGAAAACCAACGGUUCCAAUCCAGCAUCAACACCCAUAAUCACAGGGCGAUAUCGUCAAGCGUGUUGCUCUUGCACGGAAUAGAGAGGAUGAGAGGCUUCACCGGGUUCACCGCAGGGAUCAUCUGCACACGGGUGGGCCGGGUGAAGAAGGGUAUGUCCCUGCACCGCUCUUCAGCCGCAGAACCCUUCCGUCACGUCGACAUAUUCGCUCUAGUGCUGUGUUCUACUGCGGCGCAGCUCCAACCGAAGGACUACGCACAACACACCCAAUCAGCAAGACAUGUCUUUCUCGCAUGCAGGAUGCGGUACCCCCAUCGCCUGACCACCACUUGCCCCCCCUCAAGGCUAAUUGAUCCGCCUUCGCCACCCGUGGGCGAGGGUGGAGGCUCCGACCAUGGGCACCCUUCCGCUUACGGGCCAUUCUAGGAAGCGCGCAUGGUGCACCCGAGGAGGGGCACCAUGCCUGGUUCUGCCUGGUUCCAAGGUCUCCUACUGCUGAGAUGCUGUUUGGGUAGGAUGUGUGUCAGUGAAGCAGCCCGCGCUGCAGUUCUAUCUUCUCUUCAAGUGACGGUCUGGUCACGAACCCUGCGAGACAACUUAGACACUUGCCAGCACAGCUCGCAGAAUUAUACCCUGGUCUGGUCAACAUAUCGCACCCGCCCUCUUGACCUAUGAAUCUUGACUCCAUCUAGAGAAUCGGCAUCUGACUGUCUCCCCUCGGUCUUGUUCGCGAACCCGACUAAUUUGGAGUAAUUUGACAAAGACUGGAUCCGGGUCUCGUCCAAAUGCGGUUUCUCAUCAGUUCCAUCCUCACUUGGCGGCUCCCAAUUCCGCAUUCCAGUAGCCCACGAGGCAACGGGUUCGUCUUUGUUCACCUCUGAGGACGUCGUCAAACCAGUGAUCCCCACAGAAAAGCGUCUGUCCUGCGAUUAUGUGUACCUAGGAGCGUCCCUCAAGCAAACAUUACGUCUCCCUGUCCCUGUUGCUCGGAGAUCCGUGUAGAAGUCUGAACCUCGACUCGUCCACUCUCUCUUUCUCUUUGGCCGCCCAGCAUAACCGGUCCGAUGGCGCGGUCACUUUCGAUAGCCGCGGGACUUGUGUCCGCAGCGGUGGCCCAACAGUCCGGAUGGCAGAGCAAUCAGGUUAAUGCGACCAUGUGCAUGUGGCAACAACCAAGAGCUGCUCUUCUAAAGGAUACCGUCUACAUCGACGGUGGAUAUCUUACCUGGAUUCCGGGCAUGUCUGAUGGGUCUUACGGCGCGGGAACGCGAGAUGAUAACCCUCUGGGAAUUGUCUAUACUUUGAACUUCACUAGGGCUUUCAACAUGAGUCAAAACAUCAGUGAAGUCUUCGGCCAGAAUCCCAAGGUAGUGGGUGCUGCGAGCAAUCUCGCCCCUAACUAUCUUGAUGGGGCACUACUCGCGAAUGAUCACCAGUACUUCAUGUACGGAGGAUUGCUGAGGCAGACUGACAAGUGGCGCGACCCGGACGCGGACGAGGUCAUGGAGUAUCAGCAGUCUAGCUAUGGCGUUGAGAAGCAGGUCAUACCAGGUUACGUCAACACCGAUUUACCUGAGGGACUGACCAGAUAUCUCGCUUUCGGUGGUGCUGCCAGCGCCCCAUCUGAGAACAAGGCAUUCUACUUCUCCGGGCUUCGUGCCCCCGAGUGGGGUCCUAUAUACACGCCCAGCUUUAACGACUCGCUUACCGCCAUCAACGUCUCCAAUACCUUGAUCACUCUCGACAUGGGGACCCAGAAUGAGGAGCAAUGGAGCAAUGUGACCUUGCCCGACAGCAUCCCGGGCCGGGCGAACCCAGAGCUCGUCUGGGUUCCAGUCGGCGCCCAAGGGAUCUUGGUUGCCCUGGGCGGCGUGGUCGAUCCCGAUUUUGUUAACUCUGCCCACAUAUCAAACAAUGUUACCGGCAGUGAGAACGUAAGCCCUUCGUUCAUGUCUAAUAUCAACAUAUACGAUAUCGCGAGCCGGGAGUGGUACACACAGCCAACGAAUGGCGGGCCGUCGCAGCUCGCAAGAGGCUGUGCUGUCAUGCAGCCAGCUCAAGAUUACUCGAGCUUCAACAUCUACUACUACGGUGGCUAUGACGGGCUUCAUCAUACCGACGCGUCAGACUUCAAGGACGACGUUUGGAUUCUGUCACUGCCCUCCUUCAUGUGGAUGAAGGUCGCCUCUGGACGGGCUGGCUACGGUCGCGCAGGCCACAAGUGCUUCAUGCCGUACCCAAAUCAGAUGAUGGUCAUUGGAGGCUAUCCGGCGCAACCUGGCGCGUCGUCUAGUUGCCUCAACGGCGGUAUCAUCCAGUUGUUCAAUUUGAGCUCGUCCAAGUGGGUCGACAGGUAUGACCCGAGCCUCUGGUCCGACUACCAAGUUCCGGAAAUGAUAUAUGCGAUGAUCGGCGGCAACGAGAAAGGCGGCGCAACCGAGAUGGCCCCUGGGCCCACGGGCUGGGCAACUUCGGGACUGGCAAGCAUCUUUGAAAUGUCAUAUCCUACCUCUAAGCUCACAACAUACUACCCGUACGCCCCAGCUGCCACGAGCGGGUCAAGUCUGCCUACCUCCAGCGCUGAAUCGGGCGGUGGCGUCCCCGGCUUCCUCCCCCCACUGCUUGGUGUCAUCCUGGGCCUGAUCUUACUCACAUCCGUCGGCCUCGGCUUUUUAUUCUGGCGGCGUCGCAAGUACCUGAAGAGGAACGGUGGCAUGACCGAGAUGACUGAUGAGAAUGGCCACCGUAUCAUGUCCUGGAUUCGCGGUCAGCCCACAGAUACAAAGGCACCAACGGUCACUACCAGCGACGACAUGCCGCAGAGCCCAGACCCAGAGCGCGCUGCAUUAUACGCCCCCCCUCAUCCGCACCAGCAGUAUCUGCAGAAUCAGUUCAUACAUCAUGAGAUGGGUGACACUCAAGUCUCCGAGCUGAUGGACACCUCGCCCCGUGCAGAACUCUCAGACACGGCACUCACUCCAGCGGACAUCAUCAGCAAACACACGCACUUUGGCUCCACUGGCGGCAGCAGCAGCCCGUUGGGGAACCCGUCGUUCGCAUACUCUUCCAUAGCCGCGACAGACCACGCGAGCAUGGUAAGCAGCAACUCCGCUGCAGGAGCAGCUAUGCAUGCGGGGCCCUCCUCGAGGAACCCUCCCCCAACACAACGCUUCAUUCCCGAGCAUCAGGUGCGCCCGGACUCACCUGCACUGCCAGCCUCCUCCCCAUACGACGAUGACCGGACCCCAACCGCCGGGAAGCCGCUCCCAGCCCAGUCCUCUAGCGACGCAGCGCCAGGGGACCAGGAGUCUCCGCGGGGUGAGUCGGGGGUAUCGGCGUUUAGCGAGCGCGACCGGUCCCACCUGAGGAACAUCAGCGACCCCGCGACGGUGAGCACGAUGGACGGGACGCUCGUUGGCUCGCCGCGCCUGGGGCCGCAGCAGACCACGCGCAUAGCAAGCCCGCCGAUUAUGGAGGAGGGCUCGCUCAACCCCUUGCGCAGCAACGCAGCAACGGGGACGGCCACGGCCACAAUAAGCCCACCCACGGCCGGCGAGACCGAUGCAGAGGACUAUGUCAGCGCGAGAGGCAGCAGCGGGCCAGUGAGCCCGCUGAACCCCCCUCCCGGGCCCUCGGUCCCGCGGUCCACCAACAGCCCGGCCCCGAGUAGGAAGAGUAUUUUCCGGGAGGAGUCUAUGGAGGACAUGGGAGGCUCUAAAUGAGGGGAGGAGCACAGCGGGCGACUAGUGCGGUGUGAGAUGAUGAAUGAAUAGAUGCAAGGAGUUCACAUGGGUCAAGUCUGUGUUUUUCUUUUCCUAGGCUAUCAUUUGAUGUAUAUAGUAAACUGGUGAGCCUCCACUGUCGGUAUGGCUGCACUGUUGACCAAAGAGGAGCCAUCAGAGUGGCACAUCGAGAGACGCAGCGUCUGCUGGGGCUUCCUCUCUCCCCGUGUGCCGCGCUUGGAGGAUUUCUUGUUGAGAACAAAAAGCGACCUCCGGAUGAAUUAAUAAUACCAUCUUU